CAUUUUUUGUUGCCAUGGCAACGUUUGACGUCAGCCUCAACCCGUGCCUUGGGUUGGUGUGAUUGGAGGGAAACCCCGUGGAUCGCAUUCAGACUGACUGGUUGAGAGAAUCAGCUGUUGCCUGGUACGCCGACGUCGUUGCUAUUUCCCAGCACCCAGUAAACAGUCAUGAGCGACGCAGCCUGCAAGGAUCUGGUGCAAAAGGCCAAGCUGGCCGAGCAGGCUGAGCGCUAUGAUGACAUGGCUGCCUCAAUGAAGGAAGUAACACAAGCUAGUGAAAAGCUGUCAAACGAGGAGCGUAACCUCCUCUCGGUGGCCUACAAGAAUGUGGUAGGUGCUCGCCGCUCCUCGUGGCGUGUGGUGUCUAGCAUCGAGCAGAAGGCUGAUGGCUGUGAAAGGAAGCAGGCAAUGGCCAAAGAGUACCGGUGUAAGAUCGAGAAAGAGCUGAAAGACAUCUGCAAAGACGUCCUGGAGCUCUUAAAGAACCAUCUCAUACCCAAGGCCACCGCACCAGAGAGUAAAGUCUUCUAUUUGAAAAUGAAAGGGGAUUACUACCGCUACUUGGCUGAAGUGGCCACAGGAGAUGAAAAAACAACUAGCGUUCAGGACUCACAACAUGCCUACCAAGAAGCCUUUAACAUCAGCAAAGAGCAGAUGCAACCCACGCACCCCAUUCGUCUCGGUCUCGCCCUCAAUUUCUCUGUUUUCUACUAUGAGAUCCAGAACUCACCUGAACAGGCCUGUCAGUUGGCCAAAAACGCUUUUGAUGAUGCCAUUGCAGAGCUUGACACACUGAGUGAAGAGUCCUACAAAGACAGCACACUAAUCAUGCAGCUACUGAGAGACAACUUGACACUGUGGAACUCUGAUAACCCAGAAGAUACAGAAUAAAAAUAAUGAGGAACACCCAUGUAGCUCUUUUUUGAUGCCAUUAUCCUGGCUCAUCUUCAUUAUGAUUGUCAUCAUCCAAAUCUCAUCAUUUUAUUUUCUAAUUAGGUUUCUCAACACUCAUCUCAAUAAUAGGUUUACUGUUCCUUCUUUUGUAGUAGCUCUGGGGAAAGGUGCUGGUGGUGAUAGGGUCCACGUGGAAGGGUAAAGUGUGUAUAGGAUUGCUUUCUUAUCUGCUGACCUUUUUUAUGGGCGUAAUGGGGUGUUACAUUAUUAAGAUGCUGGGUGUGAGGGUACAUUUCGCAACUUCUGAAACAUGCAGUAGGUUGAGAUUUUAGUCAUAAAACACUUAAACUGUACAACCUGUAUACACUGUCCUGUUCUUAUUAUUGUUCCUGUUCUUCAAUAGCACUGUUUUCAAUCAUACCCAUGGUUUUACAAAAUCAUUGGCUUCUCAUACCUGAGGAGAUAAGAGCAGUCAAUACGUACUGGGGCGGACAAAACGCACCAUGUCAGAAGUGCGGCAGAAGGGCUGCUGGAGAGACGGCAGGGUUUUGUUAGAUCACAGGGGUUACAUUCCAUUUACUCAGUUGCUCAAUUUUGUACUUAUUUUGUUCUGUUUUGAAGUAACCUGCAUUUGUAUUUCUACAAAUGCGUUAAGAGGUAUAGAAAAACAUGUAUGGCUGCUGUUUCUUUUUUUUUUGUUUUUUUUUAAUCCACAUCUUUAUCUACUUACUGCUUUUUCAAAUUCAGAUUUUUUUAUUUGUAUUGUCUACUGUUCUCCUUUCAGUACUUGCCUAUACUGCAUGUUGGUAAGAGGUAGCUUGUGGAGACGUAAGGAAGGCUAUUUUCAGGCUGGCUGGCUUUGGUUUUUGAGUUUUCAUACAGAAUACCCAUGCAUAACUGCUAAUAAGGGAGAAUGUGUAAUUUCAUGUAAGUGGAAUAAAAAUAUUAAUAACUUAAA